AUGGCGAACCAGGGCUACGAUGUGGUUGUUGACGUGGAUGCCGAGGGCGACCUCGGACAUACCGACCUGCAAGAGGACCUUGAAUUUCACCCAUCCAACUUCGAAUCCGACCAGCGCAACGCCAAAGCCCAAGCCGACUCCGCCCCGUUCCUAGGCGGGAGCUCAUCGCGCGGUGGUGGCCGGGACCGCUCCCCCGGCGGCACGCCGACCAAGCAUAGCUGGUGGUCACUGCACUACUACGAGCGGUAUUUCGACGUGGACACGAACGAGGUGCUGCGGCGGUGCGUGGCGGCUCUGUACCCGCGCACCAACUUCCUCGAUGUACUAGAGGGCAACGCGGACCUAUACGGGCCGAUCUGGAUCGCGACGACGGUCGUGGUGAUUCUUUUCCUGACGGGCACGAUCUCACAGUGGUUGGCGAAUCAUGACGACGAGCAUUUCGAGUACGACUUUAGGCUCCUCUCGGGCGCGGCGGGCUUGAUCUAUGGGUAUACGGGCGUGGUGCCGAUUGCGCUGUGGGCUGCGCUGCGCUGGUUCGGUAGCUCGACGGCUGAUCUGAUCGAGUGCUGGGCGUUGUAUGGGUACUCGAAUUUGGUUUGGAUUGGAGUCGCACUCGUCAGCUGGAGUCCGCUGACGGCGCUGAACUGGGCGCUUGUUGGUGUUGGCUUUGUGUGGACGGUUUUCUUCCUGCUGCGCAACCUCUACCCGGUUCUCAAUGCUACGGAUGCCAAGGCUAGCAAGAUAUUGUUGAUCUUGGUGGUCGUGUUGCAUGCUGCUCUGGCUGCUGCUAUCACGGUGCUUUUCUUUGCACACGGUAGCCCGGCGAAGAAGGGACACAAGGAUCACGACAGUAAUGAUGACGGCGAUGACAACAAGCGUCGGUGGAUGAUGUAG